CAGUUUGUGCCAUUGCCUCUUGUCCUGUUGCUGGAUACCACCAAGAAGAGACUGGUUCCAUCUUCUUUACACCCCCAUCAGUAACAGCCUCCCCAGCUGAAGAUGUCUAACAAUGGCGUUGAAACAGAAGACAAACCGCCUGCUCCUCCGAUGAGAAAUACCAGCACCAUGAUUGGAUCGGGAAGCAAAGAUACAGGGACUUUAAACCAUGGCUCAAAACCUUUGCCUCCCAACCCAGAAGAGAAGAAAAGGAAGGACCGGUUUUACCGAUCUAUUUUACCAGGAGAUAAAACCAAUAAAAAGAAAGAGAAAGAGCGGCCGGAGAUCUCCCUCCCUUCAGACUUUGAACACACGAUUCAUGUGGGGUUUGAUGCAGUCACGGGAGAAUUCACAGGAAUGCCGGAGCAAUGGGCGCGUUUACUGCAGACUUCCAACAUCACCAAGUCGGAGCAGAAGAAGAACCCCCAGGCAGUGCUGGAUGUGUUGGAGUUUUACAACUCCAAGAAGAUCUCCAACAGCCAGAAGUACAUGAGUUUCACAGAUAAAUCAACAGAGGAUUACAACUCAUCAAAUACAUUGAAUGUGAAGGCUGUCUCUGAGACCCCUGCAGUGCCCUCAGUGUCUGAAGAUGAAGAUGAUGAAGAUGAUGCAGCUCCACCCCCUGUGAUAGCUCCAAGACCUGAACACACAAAAUCUAUAUACACCCGCUCUGUGAUAGACCCCCUUCCUCCUCCUACCAGAGAUGUGGCGACCUCUCCUAUUUCUUCUCCCUCGGAAAACAGCACAACAAUGCCUGACAUGCUGGUCAGGAACACAGAGAAACAAAAGAAAAAGCCAAAAAUGUCAGAUGAAGAGAUCUUGGAAAAAUUAAGAAGUAUUGUGAGUGUGGGCGAUCCAAAAAAGAAGUACACGUGUUUUGAGAAGAUUGGACAAGGAGCCUCGGGUACAGUUUACACGGCAAUAGAUGUAGCUACAGGACAGGAGGUUGCAAUCAAACAGAUGAAUUUGCAGCAGCAGCCCAAAAAAGAACUGAUUAUUAAUGAAAUCCUUGUGAUGAGGGAAAACAAAAACCCCAACAUUGUCAACUACUUGGACAGUUACCUUGUAGGAGAAGAGCUCUGGGUGGUCAUGGAGUACCUGGCAGGAGGCUCCCUGACAGAUGUUGUGACAGAGACCUGCAUGGACGAAGGACAAAUCGCAGCUGUGUGCCGAGAGGUAAAGCAACACUCGCGCUCGGGGGGGAGCUGUGAUUGGGAAGGGGACACACGCAUUCCGCGACCUACACAUGGGCCCAAAGUGGAUAUCUGGUCGCUGGGGAUAAUGGCCAUUGAGAUGAUCGAAGGGGAGCCCCCCUACCUCAAUGAGAACCCCCUGAGAGCCCUUUAUCUCAUUGCUACUAACGGGACUCCAGAACUGCAGAAUCCAGAAAAGCUUUCAUGCAUAUUCCGAGACUUCUUAAAUCGCUGUCUUGAAAUGGACGUGGAAAAGAGAGGUUCUGCGAAAGAGCUGCUGCAGCACCAGUUCCUGAAAAUUGCAAAGCCUCUGUCUAGUCUCACUCCUCUGAUUAUUGCAGCUAAAGAGGCAGCCAAGAACAACCAUUAAAGUGGUGGAGUCAACACACUUGUCGUGUCAAGACUUUUAGAUGUUUUGUUUCAGAGACUGAAUUACCUGCCCCUCUCCCCAUCUGCUCCUCCUUCACAGGGGUGUUCUUAAAACUUUGAUCUGCCCUGAAGGGUGGCAGAGCUAUUGUUCACUGAAUGUGGAAGGGCACGCAACAGGGACAUUGCUGAUCUUACACAGUGAGCUGUCUUUCCAUCCUUGUGAUGGGGUUGAGAGGGGAAGAGUAUUUUGUAUGGCUGAGAAGAUCUUUCUGAGAACGUCUGAACCUGACCUACACGUAGCAGAGCCAGUUUGUUUUCAUAUUUCUUACUGUGUUUAUUUUUUAAAAUAAUGUGGAGCCUUAGACCAUGUUUAUCUUAAUAAAUUAAAUCUUUUGCUGGCUGGACUUUCCCUGCUUCUGGCAAGCUGCUACUACACCACUGAGGCUGCUCUGUGCUUUGGAUGACUUGAGGAGGGAAGGAAGCAGGCAGCAGAAACGGGA